AUGCGGGCAAACUCCACUGAUGCCCAUUCCAAUUUAGCGCACCCUGGCCUGGCCCGAGUUGGCUACAUGGAAAUCGCCCGCGAAAAUGCCAAUCUGGGUGUCGUGGGGUUCGUUGAGGAUGAAGCGUCGGCUGUCACUUCUGCAUCAGGAGCGGAGAUCACCCGCCGUGAGUUGAGCAGCUUGGUACCACCAUCAGGACCGGAUGGUGCUUAUCGAAUGGGAGCGGAUAUCGCCAGCAUGUGCAGCAACAUCGUCGUCGUUGUUGUGUUGCGGGUGAGGGUGCAGAGGACGAGCUUUGGCCAAUGA